UCCGUUGUCAAGGCGGCCUCAUUGAAACGUUUGUCAUUAAAUAAGAUAUGACCUGUGCUGGUCAAUGUAGGAAUGUUCAUACUUCGCUUCGAAGAAAAUGUCAGUGGUGACUGUCCAAUUGGGUCAGUGCGGCAACCAGGUGGGUCUGGAUUUGUUUGACACCCUCUACAAUGACGCUCAGGCGGGCCAGAAGAAAUCAUAUGCUACUGCCAGCUAUGAACGCUUCUUCCACCAAACUAAAGAUGGAGAUCUUGUUGCCAGGGCAGUGCUGAUUGACAUGGAGCCAAAAGUUAUCAAACAGAAUUUUAGUAAAACUGCCAAAUCCGGCGUAUGGAAAUAUGACAGUGCAUCGAGUUUCAGUCAAAGCCAGGGGAGUGGCAACAACUGGGCAAAUGGGUUCUGCAUCCAUGGCCCCCGACACAGAGAAGUGAUGGAAGACCUCAUUAGACGAGAGGUAGAACGCUGUGACAAACUGACUGGAUUCAUGGCCAUGAUGAGUGUGGCAGGUGGGACUGGCUCUGGAGUGGGCACCUACGUCACUCAGUGUUUGCGGGACGUCUACCCCAAAUCUUUCAUUGUCAAUCACCUCAUCUGGCCGUACGAAACUGGCGAGGUGACUGUCCAGGACUACAACUCAGUGCUGACGCUGGGUCACAUCUACCAGCUGUCAGAUGGCAUCCUGGUUCAUGAGAACGAUAUGGUAAACAAGAUCUGCAGUCAGCUGCUUCAUAUAAGCGACAUCUCCAUUGCCGAUUUAAACAAGGUGAUCGCGCAUCAGCUGGGCGCCAUCUUUCAGCCAGUGUUCACUGCUGACUCAGAUGGACACUACAGCAGGAAUUUUCUGGGAGAAUUUGUGAGUGCCCUCGCAUGCCACCCUGAGUACAAGCUGCUCAGCAUGAGCACUGUACCUCAGAUGCCGAGUUCUUACAUUCCAUACACCACCUUCGAAUGGCCUUCUCUGAUCAAGCACCUGCGACGGAUGCUCAUCUCCAACACCAGGAUGGAGGAAGUCACAGGUAGUACACAGAGUCUGACUGGAUCUAAUCUCAACACCUCCUUGGCCAAUCUGCUCAUACUGAGAGGCAAAGAUGUAUUCACCGCCAACACAGGGGACUUCAGCGAAACAUCACUUUACACCUCAUGGCAAUCACCAAAGGACGCUUUCAACGUGUGGAAAUGUCCUGUCCCAUUCAGGAAGUACGAAAAAAUGGCUAUGCUGGUUAGCAACAGUCAAGCUUUGAUUGAACCAUUGGACAAUACAUUGAGGAAAGCUUGGAGUAUGUUCGCUGCAAGGGCUUAUGUCUAUCAGUACACAAGGUUUGGGAUGUCAGAAGAGGAUUUACUUGAAAGCUUCACAUUUGCAGAGCAAAUAGUGUCCAGCUACAGUCAACUGGGCUGUAAGGGAUAAAACUGACAGCGGUCUUAUACCUUAAGAACUCUAAACAUGAUCAAUAGAUGCUUGCUGCCAAAUACUGCCCUUGACCAGUUAUUCCAUGACUUUUUUUGUUAAACUAUUUUUGGAUCAUACAAUGUACAUUGUAAAGGAACAGCACUACACAUGUAAUAAUUUUCAUUAAUUUAUUCACUAACUCCAUACGAUGCCAUUUUUAAAGAACAGGUUGGAUUAAAAACAGUCCACCAAUCCAAGUGCAGAUUUUGUACACUUCCACAUGAGCAAAGGUUAGGUUGUUGACCCACAACUUCAGUGAGCUUACAGACCACUGUUGCCAUGUAAGACUGAACAGCCAACACCAGUCUGAUAAGCUAUCUGAAGAGGUGGAAAAGAGGAUCCAGAUGCACACUGCUAGGCUGAAACAAAAACCACAUUGAAUAGAAUCGGAUGCCAACAUGGAAUCAUUCAGUACGUACCAAUAACCCAAAUCUGAAUGGUUGUGGCAAGUUGUUCACUUACCUGGAAGACGUCAUUUCUUAGAAUGAGCUAUACAGCACAGCAAGAAAACCAAUGACUCACACUUGGAUACAAGUGUCCUCAUUAACGUGUUUAUAUAUGAUCCAAUCCAAGAUCCAAUCUCUCAGUACAGAAUUAGAAAUGGGACUACUUGCCUUAAGGUACAGUGUCACUACAAAUGAUGUCACUUAUUGUUGGAAUUUAUAUGACUCCUGUCCACAAACUGUCAGAAUAGAAAUACAUCAAUGCAUAAUGUCCAUGAUAGGAUACCUACACAAUGUGCAAACCAUCUACAACACAUUUUACAUUAAUAUUGCUUUUUCCUUUUUGUGUGUGUGGAACGUAAUUGACAAGUCCAGGUGCAAAUAAUUUCGAACAGAUCAAAACCAUGAAAAUAUCCCAACCCUGAAAAGAGAGCAUCUAGAGGCAGUUAUCCAGACGUUACACUGUAAAAACAAAUCAAAAUCCAUUCAAACAUUGUUAGAAAAUUAAAUAAACAUUUUCGAGGGAAAUCGCGGCAUUCCCAUCUUUGCAUAAGGCAUCGCGUCUGACAGGCAGUGCCCACGCACAGAAGACAUCACUGAACUCCGCUGCAUCACUCGCGAGGUCAAAGUAAUGGAAUCAUCGGAACAUAAGACAAUUAAUUGCCAGGAUAACCAGGCGCUUUGCACACACUGAGAAUUUAGGACGAACUACAAAAAUUGUGGACAAUGGAGACAUACGUUUAAAAGCGGACACCCACAUACCAAGGACAGUCUGCUUUGGAACGCAUAGCCUCUGAGCGUGGAGGGUGAGGUUUGUCGGCAAGUCAUGAGUGGACACAGGCUAAGCUGCAGCAACAGCUGCUGCAGAUGCGUAGUCACUUCGAGGAUGUUAGUACUGCUUGGCCUGUCAUCACUUGGUCUUCUCAACCAAGUGCUUUUGCUGCUGAAGCCGCUUGGCAUAACUCUGAGCCAUCGAGUUGACAAUGGAGAUGACAAAGUAGCAGACCAUGACCAGCACCAGCUUCUCGAACAGCCAGGAUAGCCAGUUCUCAUCCUGGAAAGCCAGUGAGUUUUUUUUGCCAAUCAGCUUGCAACAAAUUGAAGAGUUGAAAUAACUAUAUCAGUAUAUACAUAUGUGUCAAAAUAGAAGGCAAAGUUUGCCUAACUGCACACUACAGACAAUCCUUAUGGAGAGAAUUUCCUAUGCAUAUUGUGCCUAAUUAGUUUUUGUGUUUAAAACACACUAAAGUUUUUAAACUUUAUGUUAAAAAUAGUUAUUGCAUGGCGGGAGUAACUAAAAUCGUUUUUAUCAUAUGUACUGAUAUAUAUAUGGCGGAAAACACUCAGGUGACUUAAAGUUCCGGUGUGAGACCCCUAAUUCAGCCAACUUUCAAAAGUGUCCGAUAUGCAUGUGAUACAUCAUUGGAAAGCUUAAAAUCUCAAUUUUCUGGGGGAAUAAAAAUGUUUCUUAAACAGCAAAACUCCAUCUGGAGGCGAGAGCAGAAUUACAGACGCAAUGACUUUAACGAGAUAUUAUCGAGUGCUUACCUUGUUUCGAUCCAAGAAAUCCAGGUAGCAUAUAUCACUGAGUGUCAAGACACAGCUGUGAAUGGCCACAGCUGGAUUUUUGGGGGAUUUUAUGGGUGAAACAUAGUAACAUAACAAGGGUUGCGAUGCAGAAAUCGCAGACAUCAAGCAGUGGUCGAGAGUUUCUUUUUCAUAUAUUUACCUUUUUAAACGUUUUUUUCAAAUUUUU